AUGGAAACUCAGUGUAUGACCCAAAUGGCGAAACGAAGCGACAAGAAGAACACUCCACUCGACAGGCACAAAGUGUUCGUCAGAAAUAUUAGAGAAAAUGACGUAGCCACGCUGGAUGAAGAAUUUAAAAAAAUCUGUAACAAAUAUUUCUUCUUUAAAAAUAAAAAUAACUCUACGAAAAGUGCUAUCUGUUCAUUCAAAACAGAUAAGGAAGCAGAAAAUUUUAUCCAAAAAUAUCAUGAUAAGAAAAUAAAAAGCAGCAAUAUAAAAUGUGAAUUUGCUUUCAGAAAAAAAUAUAGUGAUAAAAAAUUAAUCUCUAUCACAUACAAACGAAAUAAAAUUAACCACUCGAAUUCCAUUCAGUUAUACACCAACUGUGAUGUCGAUACCUUAGUCAUCUUGAGCUACUUGAAAAAUCUCUUCCUCUUAAAUAAACACUUGUUGGUAAAUAUAUUAGAUGAAUCUAAUCAGCAGGAGAGGAAGACGUGGCCAAGAGAGCUGGGGUCCAGGGGAGGGGAUGGGAAAAGCCGUCCCACGGAUAAUCAACGGAUUGAUAUGAACGAUGAUCUUUCAGAAGAGGUCACACAAAACAGAGACGGUGAUGGAGACAAACCUGACGCUGACCAACCCAGUAAUGGGGAGGACGUCCAAGUAGUUGUCGAAAAAAAACUCAAAGAGUUUGAAGAAAUUGUCGUAAAUAUUGAAAAAACGAACAAAAUUUUAGAUAACAGAACGAAGCAAAAAUUAAUCGAAAAAAUGUCCAAUAAAAAUAAAUCGCUAAGUAAUAAAAAUUGCUUUGUCUACACGGUUGAAUUUCUAAAUUUAAAAUUAGCUGCCCAUUUCUACACAUAUAUUAAUAAGAAAAAUUUUUUAAAUUACCUAGAAGAUAACGUUAAAAAUGGGGGAGAAAAAAAUGUCUUUUUUUUUCACGAGCUCUGCUACAUCAGCAAUAACAACAGGAGAGUCAUCGUAAAAAAUAUUAAACGAACCUGCCAUGUGGAAAAUUUACAAAAACUCUUCAAACAUAUAGAAAAGGAUCCAUCAAUUUAUAUUCCCAAGAAAAAUAAUAAAAAGCAGGGGUACGCCCUGGUUACCUUCUCUAGCUACCAAAACUUGAAGAAGGCCCUUCUGUUGAACAAAUCCAGAUUGUGCGGAAGCACCAUCACUGUAGAGGAGGACAGAAAUCCACGACUCUUCAAACUGCUCGGUGUGCAGGUGGACGGCACUGGGGAGAGAAGCCACCAAGGAGGAGGAAACGGUGGGGCAGACAAAGAGGCCGAUGGAGAGGGAAGCAACGACGAGACAGACGAUGGAGAGGGAAGCAACGAAGAGACAGACGAUGGAGGGAGAAGCAAAGACGGGACAGAUUAUGGAGAGAGAAGCAGCGACGGGACAGACGAUGGAGAAAGAAGCAACGAAGAGACAGACGAUGGAGGGAGAAGCAGCGACGGAACAGACGAUGCAGAGAGAAGCGACGACGAGACAGACAAUGCAGAGAGAAGCGACGACGAGACAGACAAUGCAAAGAGUAGCGACGACGGGACGGACGAUGGAGAGCGACGCGGCGAGCGACACGGAGAGCGAACCCGCGAUCGCGCGAGCGACGUCGAGGAAGGGAAGACGCUGUUCAUCACAAACAUCCCGAUGGGGAGCACCGACGAAGAAGUGCAGAGCUACAUCACCAAGAACAUCAGCAAAAACUACAUAUACAUACAGAUGUGCAGAAACAACGGGAACAAAAUUUCCGCGUUUGUAAAGCUGAAGCAUAAAGAGGAUGCUGACACAUUUUUGAAAAAAAUUGGGGAGUACCAGGAAGAGGAGGAGGAAGAAGAAGAAGAAAACCAAAACGUAAUUGACAAAUUUUACAACAUGCAGAAGAAAAAAAAGGAAAGAAUGAAACAGAUUCUCCUUAAAGAUCAUAACAGUGGGAAAAAUGCCGAAAUUUUAUUUUUCAAAAAUAAUUAUUUAAUGAUCAAAAGGGCAGUCAGUAAGGACUCCAUAAAGAAUAAAAAAAAAAUUCCCAUGGAGGAAGAAAAAAAAAAAAAGAAAAACAGACUGUACAAUAACAUACACCUGGUACAGGACAAUGACAUAAACAAUGAUCACCUGGGAGAAAACAUAAUCAAAAGAAACAACGACUUAAUGGAAAAAAAAAAAACUCUUAAAAAAUAA